AAUGACAGCCAAACGAUGACAAGUUGUGGCCAACAGUCCUUGAAUGUGCUCACGGUCAUUCUCUCAUUGCUGUUCUCAGCAGCGCUGUCCGCACACUUCAGAGUCUGUGAGCCCUACACGGACCACAAAGGUCACUACCACUUUGGCUUCCAUUGUCCCCGGCUUUCCGACAACAAAACCUUCAUCUUGUGCUGUCACCAUAACAACACGGUCUUUAAAUACUGCUGCAACGAGACAGAGUUCCAGGCCGUGAUGCAGUUGAAUCUCACCAGCCAAUCCGAAGGCUACAUGCAUAAUAACUACACAGCCUUGCUGGGCGUCUGGAUCUACGGCUUCUUCGUGGUCAUCUUGCUCGUGUUGGACCUUUUGUAUUACUCGGCCAUGAACUACAAUAUCUGCCGGGUUUACCUGGCGCGAUGGGGGAUCCAGGGCGCGUGGAUGAAGCAGGGUCCCGGCCGCUGGAGUAAGUCGGGUCAGGGUGCGAAUCCAGCUCAGCCUCCUUCCCCGGGGCCGGCGCCCCCAGCCCCUGCUGCCGCUGCCUCUGCCUCUGCGGCGCCCCCCUCCCAGGCAACACACACUCUCAGAGGAGACACUCUAAGCCCGCCGCCACUGAUGUCCUUCCCGAGCUCCUCUGCCUGAAAAACUUCCUGCUGUGCCUCAGGAUGGGAGAGGGGAGAUUACAAAAACAUGGGC